AUGGAAAAUAUGAGCGUAAUAGUCAUAAAAGUGAGCGUUUUGGCAAUGAAACACAUUAGCAGCAAUAUGGGAAGUUGGAAAACUUUUCAGCACGAUCUUGUUGAGUUCUCAAAUAUUAUUCUUGUUUCCCUUAAAACACUGGUAAACAAUACUACACGACGCCUACGAGAAGAAAAAGAUAUAGAAAACAAGAGAUGA